UUGAAGAUUUUCCUGAAUGCUUAUUAACAUUAUCUUUCAAACUUCUUUAACUUUUGCUUAAGACAUCUUUCGAACAAAAUAAUAGAAUAACUUAAGUCGUGGGGUUCAAGACCACAGGCGCUAAUUAAAGAUUUAAUAGCAAUAAUAAAUGGUAAAUAGUACCGAUGACACCAGAGCUGGUACUUACUGAAACGCUGCCAGCGUUAAAGUUCUCGUGAUUUGGAAAAUUUAAUGCAAUUACCCGAUUGGGAUAGUGAAGUUGUUGGUGAUAUAUCAUCUGCAAUUGAUAAGCUAGCUUACGAGUAUGUUUUUAUACACCAACAGAGUACAGAAAAAUUACAUGAAAUUGCUGGAUUUCCUAAAAUUGUUGCCAUUGAUUGCACUCAUUUACGAAUUCAAUCAUCAUGUGACGUAAUUGGUGAAUAAUAUCGUAAUUGAAAAGGAUAUUUCUCUUUAAAUGUACAGGCUGUUUAUAGCUUAAUAUCAUACAGAGUAUUAAUAAUUAUACUAUGUCAAAAAGUUGCAAGAUAUGUGACUGUAUUUUCAGAAUAUUUGGAGAAUGGAAAUGUCGCUUUAACAUUGUAUUUACCACUAGCUAAAGUUCAAGCUAUUAUUAUUGCCACAGCUGUUAUGCAAAAUAUUUGUAAGGAUUAUAAUUUGUAGAUAUACUGGCAGAAGUUUUAUUUCCAACACUUGAUACAAUUUCAAGUCAAGAAGUUAAUGAAGCAAAUCAAGACAUAACUGAAAGAACAAGCCUUAUUCAUUAUUAUUUUUGGAAAAUUAAUAUAAUUCUAGCAGAAACAAACAUGUUGUAUUUAAAUGUC